GAAAUCCCAGCGUGCAGCGGGUUUCUCGGACACGUGAUGCGGGUCAGAGUGGGCGCCAGACUGCAUGCUCGUAGGACUUCCGGUUCCGUUUUGACGUCGGGUCUCCGUUAGUCCCCGGGUAGUGAAAUCACAGGGAGAGAGGAGAGUGGCGGCUCUGUGGUUUAUACAAAGGCAGCACUCUUACUCUUUCCAGUAAACAUGGCUCUUUCUAAGAGAGAACUGGAUGAUUUGAAGCCAUGGGUGGAGAAAACUGUGAAAGGAGUCUUGGGCUUCUCUGAGCCUACAGUAGUCACUGCAGCUCUAAACUGUGUGGGGAAGGGAAUGGACAAGAAGAAGACUGUUGAUCACCUGAAACCCUUCCUUGAUGACUCCACUUACCGUUUUGUGGAUAAGCUGUUUGAUGCAGUAAAGGAAGGUCGCAGCUCGAGGCAUUCAAGAUCUAGCAGUGACAGAAGCAGAAAGCGGGAGCUGAAAGAGGUGUUUGGAGAAGAUCCAGACCUCUCCAAGGAUUCAUCCAAUUCCAAGAAGAAGCGAAUACCACGUUUUUCAGAAGUAGAGGAAGAGCCGGAGGUGAUACCAGGCCCUCCCUCAGAAAGCCCAGGCAUGCUGACCAAGAUGCAGAUAAAACAAAUGAUGGAAGCAGCGACGCGGCAGAUUGAGGAGAGGAAAAAACAACUGAGCUUCAUCAGCCCCCCACCAGCAAAAGCCUCAUCAGGGCAGUCAGAGCGUUCUGCCAUAGGGAACACCAUACAGCCUUCCCAGGCAGCUACCUUCAUGAAUGAUGCUAUUGAGAAGGCCAGGAAAGCUGCCGAGCUACAGGCCCGAAUCCAGGCUCAGCUUGCUCUAAAACCAGGACUCAUAGGAAAUACAAACAUGGUUGGGCUGGCUAACCUUCACGCCAUGGGAAUUGCUCCUCCUAAAGUGGAGUUAAAGGACCAGUCGAAGCCCACGCCUUUAAUUUUAGACGACCAGGGCCGCACUGUUGAUGCAACUGGAAAGGAGAUUGAGCUGACCCACCGAAUGCCCACCCUAAAAGCUAACAUCCGGGCAGUGAAAAGGGAGCAGUUCAAACAGCAGCUGAAGGAGAAACCUUCAGAAGACUUGGAGGCCAAUACGUUUUUUGACCCCAGAGUUUCCAUUGCCUCUUCACAGCGCCAGAAAAGGUUGUUUAAAUUCCACGAAAAGGGCAAGUUUGAGAAGAUUGCACAACGGCUUCGGACAAAGUCACAACUUGAGAAACUGCAAGCUGAAAUUGCCCAAGCUGCAAAGAAAACUGGUAUCCAGACAUCAACUAGACUUGCCCUGAUUGCUCCCAAAAAGGAGCUGCGAGAAGGAGAGAUCCCUGAAAUAGAGUGGUGGGACUCUUUCAUCAUACCUAAUGGCACAGAACUGACAGAAGAAGCCUUAUUAAAAAGAGAAGAUUUUCACGGUAUCACAAAUCUCGUGGAGCACCCAGCACAGCUCAGCCCCCCAGUUGACAGAGAUGCUCCAGUGACACUAGGAAUUUACCUGACGAAAAAGGAACAGAAAAAGUUGCGCCGACAGACUAGAAGGGAAGCACAGAAAGAGUUACAAGAAAAGGUGCGCCUGGGUCUUAUGCCCCCGCCAGAACCCAAGGUGAGGAUAUCAAAUCUCAUGCGAGUUUUGGGGACAGAAGCAAUCCAGGAUCCCACGAAAGUAGAAGCACAUGUCAGAGCACAGAUGGCAAAAAGACAGAAGGCCCACGAAGAGGCAAAUGCAGCCAGAAAACUAACAGCAGAACAGAGAAAAGAGAAGAAAGUAAAAAAACUCAAGGAAGAUAUUUCCCAAGGAAUUCACGUUACUGUAUAUAGUAUCAGAAAUCUAAGUAACCCAUCCAAAAAAUUCAAGAUUGAAGCCAAUGCAAAUCAGCUGUACCUUACAGGUGUGGUGGUGUUACAUAAAGAUGUCAAUGUGGUGGUCGUGGAAGGAGGACCCAAAGCACAGAAGAAAUUCAAACGAUUAAUGCUUAGUAGAAUAAAAUGGGAUGAGCAGACUACAAACACCAAGGGAAAUGAUAACGAUGAAUCUGAUGAAGAAUCCGUAACUAAGACAAACAGGUGCACAUUAGUGUGGGAGGGUACAACUAAGGAACGCAGCUUUGGAGACAUGAAAUUCAAACAGUGUCCCACAGAAAAUAUGGCUAGGGAACAUUUUAAGAAACAUGGAGCAGAGCAUUACUGGGAUCUGGCGCUUAGUAAGUCUGUUUUGGAAACUGCAGACUGAAAGCAAGUUCUGAGCCUUACAACACUGCUGCACUUCUCCAAACAGAAGGAAAAAACAGACUAGGACUAUGAGCGCCUUAACAACUUGCAGCGCUCGCAACUAAAUCUAGCUUGAAACACACUGUUUCUUGCCCAAGCAAAGUUAUCCUUCUCUUCCAUCUUACUGUAAUUCUGGGUAACCUCAAACACUGCUGCCGACCAGUUUAACCAUAGCAACCUGCUCUUGUCCAGCCUUUGCUCACUGAUUGUAACAUAAAUGACAGCCACUCUGCAGCCUUUACCCCUACCCCCAGUUUUUUUUUCUUUUCACAUAAAAAGGCUUUAUGCUUCAACUCUGAAGAAAUGCUGUUUUCAGAAUGAUUUAUUUUGGUAAAGAUAAGCCUUAUUUUGGUUGGUUCAUACAUGCAAACAGAAAAAAGAAAAUGUAAAUACAUGGGAAGAAUGAAAAACAUAGACCAUACAUAAUGGGAAUUGGGAUUAAGCAUUCAAACAACUCAUUACAAAAUCCAUAUGGUUAAAGGAGAAAAAGAUACAGAAGCCAGUAGGGUGUAGGUAGUAUUUGUAGCCUAAGUCCACCACAGCCCUUUAGCAGUAAAGUUCUGUGACCCCCUAUCCUCUUUUCUGCUGAUUCACUGAGCAUGGGCAGUGCCACUGACACUCAUUAGAUGGCUUACAAAUAUCAGAAGAUGGAGAGCUACUGUGGACAAAUUGGAAGGCAAGUGUCAUUACUGUUAUAGCUGCUAAACCUCUGGGCUUGCACAGUAAGUUAAGUGUUUAGAAGGCAGCAUUUUAACCAUAUUUGUUCUUAGUUCUCCUUUAAUUCAGAGAAGCAUCCUCUAGUGUUGAAAACAUAUGCAUUUUUUCCAAUUCAACUUCAUAAUUCCUUGGUUUGUAUUAAUGGUUUAAAUAGUUUCGCCUUACAACCGGAAAGGUUGAUUUUCAGCUUUGCGGAUAAGCUCCAGUUUACAUGGAUUCAUCAAGCACCCUGGACAGGACAAUUGGCAAGAAACCUUAUCCUAUAGAUUUGACUCCAUGUUUCUUUAUUGUGGAUUGGCAUUCUGUUGGCAAUUUGUUUUGUUUAGCACAACAGAACUUCAGAGUGAAAUUUAUAAAGUGGAGUGUAGGAAAAGGGGGAUUUAGCCCUAAACCUAUGACAUAAUAAACUUUUUUUUUUUU